AUGGACAACAACGUCGUUGCGACAAUAGCUGCACAUGGCACUAACCGAGUCUCAAAGGAGGUAACGGUUAUUGCAGAGGGCAUUGUCGUUUUUGAAAGGUGCCAGAUUGAUAAACAAGGCGAGGCUCGGUUCUUGUCUGUAAUCGCCGCCAUCUUCUGGCGAGCUUUUUCCAACAGACGUUUCUGUGGCUCUCGUGGCCCUUGGGAGGUCUCUAUCAAUUUCACGAACGGACAGCUACACGCGUUCCGGAAGGCGAGUGCAUUGGCCACGUCUAGGUGCGGUGCAGACAGCGAUCAGAUCGUUGUCACUCGAAGACAGACACCGAGUUUCGGCGACUGCCCUGCGACCGCUUCGACCUCUUGCCGCCGCAAAGAACUCAAAACUCAAUCCUUCACGCAAGUUAAUCGAAACGCGGAACUCAUUUACCCUCCGAUCGAAGCACAAAAACACCGUAGAUGCGAACUUCUUCAUUCGGCGAUGUUGGCCAGUGAUUCCAAUCGCCAUUUAGAACUUGCCAAGCAUCUGGAGUGA